AUGUUUGUCUUUAACUCAUACGCGAAUUCGUUACGCUCCCCAACUGUUAAAAGACCAACGAUGUCUUCGAAGGCUUCUUCACGAGAUUUAUUAAGAUUUAUAAUAUCACUAGUAGUGCUCAGCCAAAUCAUACUCAAAAAAGCAGAGAGUGCCUCGGUUGAAAAAGUGCAUUUAAAAAGUGCGCAAGUGAAAAACAAUCUAAUUGAAUAUGACUCACAGUUUGGCCGAGAUACAAAAUUUAAUCAUAAAAAAACAACUAUAGCAAACGAUAUUACAUCUGCACCUGAAGAGAGAACAUCAGCCGCACAUUCGACUUUUGCACCUGCGGAGAGCACCACAGCUGGGGGCAAUACGACUUCUGCUCCGGAAGAAAACAACACAUCUGAGGACGAUACUACUCGUUCUACUUCUGAAAAAAGCACAAAAGCUAAUGAUUCGACAUCUGCAGCACCCGAUAUAAGCACCACAGUUCAAGAUUCGACAUCUGAACCUGAAGAAAGCACUACAGCUAAGGACAACUCUACUUCUGCUCCUGAAAAAAGCACCACAGCUGAAGGGGAUUCUCCUGCUGCUCCUGAAGAAAGCACCACAGCUGAAGAGGAUUCUUCUUCUUCUCCUGAAGAAAGCACAACAGUUGAAGAUUCGACCUCCGAACCUAAAGAAAGCACGACAACUGAAGGCGAUUCUACUGCUGCUCCUGAAGAAAGCACCACAGCUGAAAAUUCGACAUCCAAACCUGUAGAAAGCACUACAGCUGAGGAGGAUACUACUUCUACUUCUGAAAAAAGCACAACAGAUAAAAAUUCGACGUCUGAACCUGAAGAAAGCACCGCAGCUGGGGUCGAUUCUACUUCAGCUCCUGAAGAAAGCACCACAGCUGAAGAGGAUUCUUCUUCUGCUCCUGAAGAAAACACAACUGUUGAAGAUUCGACCUCCGAACCUGAAGAAAGCACUACAGCUGAAGACGAUUCUACUUCUGCUCCUGAAGAAAGCACCACAGCUGAAGAUUCGACUUCCGCUGCACCUGAGAUAAGCACCACAGCUGAAGAUUCAACGUCAGAACCUGAAGAAAGCACUACAGCUGAAGGCGAUUCUACUUCUGCCCCUGAAGAAAGCACCACAGCUGAAGAUUCGACUUCCGCGGCAACUGAGAUAGGCACCACAGCUGAAGAUUCGACGUCUGAACCUGAAGAAAGCACUUCAGCUGAAGGCGAUUCUACUUCUGCUCCUGAAGAAAGCACCACUGGUGAAGAUUCGACGUCUAAACCUAAUGAAAGUACCACAACUGAGGUCGAAACUACUUCUGCUCCUGAAGAAAGCACCACAGCUGAAGAUUCGAAAUCAGAGCCUGAAGAAAGCACCACAGCUGAAGAGGAUUCUACUUCUGCUCCUGAAGUCACCACUACAGCUGAUGACUAUACUACUUCUGCUCCUGAAGAAAGCACCACAGCUGAAGUUUCGACAUCUGAACCUGAAGAAAACUCCACGGCAGAGGACGAUUCUACUUCUACUCCUGAAGAAAGCACCACAGCUGAGCACGAUUCUUCUUCUGCUCCUGAAGAAAGCACGACAGCUGAAGAUUCGACUUCCGCGGCACCUGAUAUAAGCACCACAGCUGAAGAUUCGACGUCUGAACCUGAAGAAAGCACUACAGCUGAAGGAGAUUCUACUUCUGAUAUUGAAGAAAGCACCACAGCUGAAGAUUCGACUUCCGCGGCAACUGAGAUAAGCACCACAGCUGAAGAUUCGACGUCUGAACCUGAAGAAAGCACUUCAGCUGAAGGCGAUUCUACUUCUGCUCCUGAAGAAAGCACCACAGAUGAAGAUUCGACAUCUGAGCCUGAAGAAAGCACCACAGCUGAAGAUUCGACAUCAGAGCCUGAAGAAAGCACUACAACUAAAGGCGAUUCUACUUCUGCUCCUGAAGAAAGCACCACAGCUGAAGACGAUACUACUUCUGCUCCCGAAGAAAGCACCACAGCUGAAGAUUCAACAUCAGAGCCUGAAGAAAGCACUACAACUGAAGGCGAUUCUACUUCUGCUCCAGAAAAAAGCACCACAGCUGAAGAUUCGACUUCCGCGGCAACUGAGAUAAGCACCACAGCUGAAGAUUCGACGUCUGAACCUGAGGAAAGCACUUCAGCUGAAGGCGAUUCUACUCCUGCUUCUGAAGAAAGCACCACAGCUGAAGACGAUACUACUUUUGCUCCUGAAAAAAGCACCACAGCUGAAGAUUCAACAUCAGAGCCUGAAGAAAGCACUACAACUGAAGGCGAUUCUACCUCUGCACCUGAUGAAAGCACCACAGCUGAAGAGGAUUCUUCUUCUGCUUCUGAAGAAAGCACAACAGUUGAAGAUUCGACCCCCGAACCUGAAGAAAGCACGACAACUGAAGGCGAUUCUACUUCUGCUCCUGAAGAAAGCACCACAACUGAAGAUUCGACGUCUGACCCUAAUGAAAGUACCACCACUGAGGUCGAAACUACUUCUGCUCCUGAAGAAAGCACCACAGCUGAAGAUUCGACAUCAGAGCCUGAAGAAAGCACCACAGCUGAAGGGGAUUCUACUUCUGCUCCUGAAGUCACCACUACAGCUGAUGACGAUACUACAUCUGAAGAAAGCACCACAGCUGAAGUUUCGACAUCUGAACCUGAAGUAAACUCCACGGCAGAGGACGAUUCUACUUCUACUCCUGCAGAAAGCACCACAGCUGAGCACGAUUCUUCUUCUGCUCCUGAAGAAAGCACCACAGCUAAAGAUUCGACUUCUGCGGCACCUGAGAUAAGCACCACAGCUGAAGAUUCGACGUCUCAACCCGAAGAAAGCACUACAGCUGAUGGAGAUUCUACUUCUGCUCCAGAAGAAAGCACCACAGCUGAAGAUUCGACGUCUGAACCUGAAGAAAGCACUUCAGCUGAUGACGAUACUACUUCUGCUCCUGAAGAAAGCACCACAGCUGAAGAUUCGACAUCUGAGCCAAAAGAAAGCACCACAGCUGAAGAUUCGACGCCUGAGCCUGAAGAAAGCACUUCAGCUGAUGACGAUACUACUUCUGCUCCUGAAGAAAGCACCACAGCUGAAGAUUCGACAUCUGAGCCUGAAGAAAGCACCACAGCUGAAGAUUCGACAUCAGAUUCUGAAGAAAGCACCGCAGCUGAAGAUUCGACUUCCGCGGCAAUUGAGAUAAGCACCACAGCUGAAGAUUCGACGUCUGAACCUGAAGAAAGCACUUCAGCUGAUGACGAUACUACUUCUGCUCCUGAAGAAAGCACCACAGCUGAAGUUUCGACAUCUGAACCUGAAGAAAACUCCACUGCAGAGGACGAUUCUACUUCUACUCCUGAAGAAAGCACCACAGCUGAGGACGAUUCUUCUUCUGCUCCUGAAGAAAGCACAACAGCUGAAAAUUCGACAUCAGAGCCUGAAGAAAGCACUACAACUGAAAGUGAUUCUACCUCUACCCAUGAAGAAAGCACCACAGCUGAAGAUUCGACUUCCGCGGCAACUGAGAUAAGCACCACAGCUGAAGAUUCGACGUCUGAACCUGAAGACAGUACUACAGCUGAUGACGAUACUACUUCUGCUCCUGAAGAAAGCACCACAGAUGAAGAUUCGACAUCUGAGCCUGAAGAAAGCACCACAGCUGAAGAUUCGACAUCAGAGCCUGAAGAAAGCACUACAACUAAAGGCGAUUCUACUUCUGCUCCUGAAGAAAGCACCACAGCUGAAGACGAUACUACUUCUGCUCCCGAAGAAAGCACCACAGCUGAAGAUUCAACAUCAGAGCCUGAAGAAAGCACUACAACUGAAGGCGAUUCUACUUCUGCUCCAGAAAAAAGCACCACAGCUGAAGAUUCGACUUCCGCGGCAACUGAGAUAAGCACCACAGCUGAAGAUUCGACGUCUGAACCUGAGGAAAGCACUUCAGCUGAAGGCGAUUCUACUCCUGCUUCUGAAGAAAGCACCACAGCUGAAGACGAUACUACUUCUGCUCCUGAAAAAAGCACCACAGCUGAAGAUUCAACAUCAGAGCCUGAAGAAAGCACUACAACUGAAGGCGAUUCUACCUCUGCACCUGAUGAAAGCACCACAGCUGAAGAGGAUUCUUCUUCUGCUUCUGAAGAAAGCACAACAGUUGAAGAUUCGACCCCCGAACCUGAAGAAAGCACGACAACUGAAGGCGAUUCUACUUCUGCUCCUGAAGAAAGCACCACAGCUGAAGUUUCGACAUCUGAACCUGAAGAAAACUCCACUGCAGAGGACGAUUCUACUUCUACUCCUGAAGAAAGCACCACAGCUGAGGACGAUUCUUCUUCUGCUCCUGAAGAAAGCACCACAGCUGAAAAUUCGACAUCAGAGCCUGAAGAAAGCACUACAACUGAAAGUGAUUCUACCUCUACCCAUGAAGAAAGCACCACAGCUGAAGAUUCGACUUCCGCGGCAACUGAGAUAAGCACCACAGCUGAAGAUUCGACGUCUGAACCUGAAGACAGUACUACAGCUGAUGACGAUACUACUUCUGCUCCUGAAGAAAGCACCACAGCUGAAGUUUCGACAUCUGAGCCAGAAGAAAGCACCACAGCUGAAGAUUCGACGUCUGAACCUGAAGAAAGCACUUCAGCUGAUGACGAUACUUCUUCUGCACCUGAAGAAAGCACCACAGCUGAAGAUUCGACAUCUGAGCCUGAAGAAAGCACCACUGCUGAAGAUUCGACAUCAGAUUCUGAAGAAAGCACCACAGCUGAAGAUUCGACUUCCGCGGCAACUGAGAUAUGCACCACAGCUGAAGAUUCGACGUCUGAACCUGAAGAAAGCACUUCAGCUGAUGACGAUACUACUUCUGCUCCUGAAGAAAGCACCACAGCUGAAGUUUCGACAUCUGAACCUGAAGAAAACUCCACUGCAGAGGACGAUUCUACUUCUACUCCUGAAGAAAGCACCACAGCUGAGGACGAUUCUUCUUCUGCUCCUGAAGAAAGCACCACAGCUGAAAAUUCGACAUCAGAGCCUGAAGAAAGCACUACAACUGAAAGUGAUUCUACCUCUACCCAUGAAGAAAGCACCACAGCUGAAGAUUCGACUUCCGCGGCAACUGAGAUAAGCACCACAGCUGAAGAUUCGACGUCUGAACCUGAAGACAGUUCUACAGCUGAUGACGAUACUACUUCUGCUCCUGGAGAAAGCACCACAGCUGAAGUUUCGACAUCUGAACCUGAAGAUAACUCCACGGCAGAGGACGAUUCUACUUCUACUCCUGAAGAAAGCACCACAGCUGAGGACGAUUCUUCUUCUGCUCCUGAAGAAAGCACCCCAGCUGAAGAUGUGACUUCCGAGGCACCUGAUAUAAGCACCACAGCUAAAGAUUCGACGUCUGAACCUGAAGAAAGCACUACAACUGAAGGAGAUUCUACUUCUGCUCCUGAAGAAAGCACCACAGCUGAAGAUUCGAGUUCCGCGGCAACUGAGAUAGGCACCACAGCUGAAGAUUCGACGUCUGAACCUGAAAAAAGCACUUCAGCUGAAGGCGAUUCCACUUCUGCUCCUGAAGAAAGCACCACAGCUGAAGACGAUACUACUUUUGCUCCUGAAGAAAGCACCACAGCUAAAGAUUCGACAUCUGAGCCUGAAGAAAGCACCACAGCUGAAGGUUCGACAUCAGAGCCUGAAGAAAGCACUACAACUGAAGGUGAUUCUACUUCUGCCCCUGAAGAAAGCACCACAGCUGACGAUUCGACUUCCGCGGCAACUGAGAUAAGCACCACAGCUCAAGAUUCGACGUCUGAACCUGAAGAAAGCACUACAGCUGAUGACGAUACUACUUCUGCUCCUGAAGAAAGCACCACAGCUGAAGUUUCGACAUCUGAACCUGAAGAAAACUCCACGGCAGAGGACGAUUCUACUUCUACUCCUGAAGAAAGCACCACAGCUGAGGACGAUUCUUCUUCUGCUCCUGAAGAAAGCACGACAGCUGAAGAUUCGACUUCCGCGGCACCUGAUAUAGGCACCACAGCUGAAGAUUCGACGUCUGAACCUGAAGAAAGCACUACAGCUGAAGGAGAUUCUUCUUCUGCUCCUGAAGAAAGCACCACAGCUGAAGAUUCGACUUCCGCGGAAACUGAGAUAAGCACCACAGCUGAAGAUUCGACGUCUGAACCUGAAGAAAGCACUUCAGCUGAAGGCGAUUCUACUUCUGCUCCUGAAGAAAGCACCACAGCUGAAGAUUCGACAUCUGAGCCUGAAGAAAGCACCACAGCUAAAGAUUCGACAUCAGAGCCUGAAGAAAGCACUACAACUGAAGGUGAUUCUACUUCUGCCCCUGAAGAAAGCACCACAGCUGACGAUUCGACUUCCGCGGCAACUGAGAUAAGCACCACAGCUCAAGAUUCGACGUCUGAACCUGAAGAAAGCACUACAGCUGAUGACGAUACGACUUCUGCUCCUGAAGAAAGCACCACAGCUGAAGUUUCGACAUCUGAACCUGAAGAAAACUCCACGGCAGAGGACGAUUCUACUUCUGCUCCUGAAGAAAGCACCACAGCUGAAGAUUCGACAUCUGAACCUGAAGAAAGCACCACAGCUGAAGAUUCGACUUCCGCUGCACCUGAGAUAAGCACUACGGCUAAAAAUUCGACAUCCGAACCUGACGAAAGCACUACAUCUGAGGACGAUUCUACAUCUGCUCCUAAAGAAAGCACCACAGCUGAGGCCGAUACAACAUCUGAUCCUGAAGACAGCACAGUUCAGGACGAUACUACUUCUGCUUCUGAGGAAAGCACCACAGAAAUCACCACAGCUGAGGAUGGUGCUACUUCUGCUCCUAUAGAGAGCACUACUGCUAAAGUAGAUUCUACCACUGGAUCGACGUCUAGCCCGGCGACAUCACCUUCUCCUAUACCGCCUAUGUCAUGUGCAAGUGGCGCUCCAUACUUACCGCAUCCAUCGGAUUGCCAUAAAUUUAUUCAGUGCAGCAACGGACAUGAGUACAUCAUGCAUUGUCCAGAUGAUCUCUUCUGGGACUAUCAGAAUUUAUACUGUGGGUAUGAUGACAGCGGUUGCUAUAACAAAGUGGAUCCCGAGGAAACGGUUUGCAAGCACGGCAUGGAUUUUCUACCAGACCCAACUGAUUGUACGAAAUAUAUCCAGUGCAGUAAUGGUCAACCAAUCGUCCAGAAGUGUCCUGAGCCUUUGUAUUGGAACCAAAAUCUUAAAGUAUGUGAUUGGUUCAGUAGCUCCUGCAAAACUCUACAAAAGAAUGAAAUAAUAUCUUGUAAAAUGGGUAUGAGUUUUGACGUUUUUCCAACCGACUGUUCGAAAUAUAUUAAGUGUUUUGGUGAGCGCGGUGUAAUAAUGAGCUGUAAUUCUGGACUUUUCUGGAACUCUUUGCAGGAAGUAUGCGAAAAAUCCCAGCGGUUCUGCAAAUAAUAUGUAAGCAUAAACAGUUACUCGUAUAAUAUUAUUCACUCUUGGUAGAUUUUCUUGUUAAAUGAAUUGAAGAAUAUUACAGAAAAUAUAAAGGCAUUACCCAUUCUUUAAUC